AUGGUGGGGCUGUAGCCAAGGCUGUGUCAACAAAUCAUUGCCCACCCCACCACUAGCCUGCCCACCUAAUCUAAAAUGAAGUUUCUCUUGUAAGUUAGAUUAUUUCCGGGAAUAUACGAUUGUGCCUCGUGUGAGUAAUGGCAGAAGAUGGAUUUGUUCAGUUCCACCAGGGAAGUGUGUUUGACAGUGAGAGGUUAUCAGCAUCUGUCCAGACACUGGAUGGUGCAUCACUCAUUGGUGACCACAAUGAGGUGAAUGUGAUGGGUGAGAAAGAGGAUAUAAUAGUAAGCAGCAUUCCCGAUGUGGUCAGUCUACCAAUAUUAGAGGUUACAAUAAAACAUGCUGGUUCUUCUCACACUCAUAACACGGAAGAUACAAGAGUUUCUGUAUAUAAACCUCCAUUAUCGCAAGAGCAAAUUGUCCUCCAUGAAGAAAAGAAGCAGCCUAAGGUCCAGCAGGGGCUUAAUGAGGUAAUAUUGUUAGAAGAUGGAAAUAAUGUGAGUUUACAGAAAUCAGUGAUUGAUGAGUACCGAAGGAAGAUGCAGUAUUAUGGCCCUCUAAAGGCAGUGGUUGAACGAGUUACAGUGGAACAUGAGGGCAAAGUGAGAGAGAUACUGAGAACCAAGCUAAUUCAAAUCAAGUUUGUAUCAAAAGAUGCCUCAGGACAGGACCUGAAAGGAGAGGAAUUAUUGCAAGCCGUUGCCAAAAUACCAGGCCUCAUCCCACCAUGUGAUCCUCCAGUCAGUUACAGGGAAGAUGAUAGAGUAAAUAAUGUUGAAAAAUUUGAAGAUGACAAUGAGGAUGAGAGGGUAUCAAUCACAUUCUGUGAUGGUGAAAAUAUUAGUAUCAGCAAGAAAGCAAUAGAACAGUAUAGAAAACUUUCUCGGGUAACAAAGCCUCUUGGAGCUCAGAGAGAAAAAACCUUUAAAAUAGAAGGUGAAGAGAGGUUUCCUGUUACCAUUGUUCGCCUAUUUCCUAGUGAAAGUAUUGAACCUUCGUUGUCUGACCACAUAAAAGAGGCAACUCCGGUGGAGAGCAAAACACCAGUAAUUAAAAGAGGGAGAUCUCAAGGGCAAAGAGGUGGAAAAACAAGAGAUAGAAGACAACCCAAAUAUCUCCAGGAGUACACUGCUUUGCCUAAAGGCAUAAAACCUAAACUAAAGAAUGAGUCUGAAGAUGGUGGCAUCAGUAACUUUGGUUAUGAAAAUGGGUUGAUUGUUCAAAUGAGCCCUAGUUACAGUGCUUCAGAGACUGACAUUGAUCUUGACAGCUGUGAUAAUGUUCCUGGUGAAGAUCUGUUACCUCUUCAGCUUCAGUCUGCUCCUUCAGAUAUGAAUGCUAGGCUUACAUCACUUGAAAUUUGGAAAUAUCUCACAGAAUAUGCCUCAGAAUAUAAUCAAGUUCAAGGAUUGAUAACACAGUUUAAUAAUGAAAGUUGGUUAGAAGUGAAAAGAAUGUCAGAUUUUUAUCAUGUAGAUGGUGAAGUAAUGACAGAUAUAUCAUUUAAAGCUGUAUACAGGAAUGACCCUUCUCCUGUUACUUUUUUCCUACGAGGAUUUAGUCGAUUAAUACGAACAGGAGAGCUAAACACAGCAAAUGAUAUCAACCACCUGUUUAGCGGUCUGUCUUGUGACCGAAAGUUGUGCCUUGGCUUAAAGCCCUCUCCCUACCAACCUGACAUUGAAACAAAUGAGCAAGUACGGCUCUACUUCAAACAGAAAGGUCACUUUGUAUCAACACCAUUUGAAAGCCUCUUUUCCAAAGCUUGCCGAGGAAUAGUAACUGUGAAAGGCAUGCCAAGCUCCAGUAACUUCACUCGAGGCUCAAAGAGUGUGUUGGGUGUGCAUGCUGUGUGUAGUGCCUGUGCAUUGCUUGGCAAGAAGAUGAACCAACUCAUCAAAGCUUCAGUCAAAAACGGUGCUAAUGGAGAGACUGAUUCAAAUGAAAAGAGAAGUGAACAUGCAUAUAACAGACAAUUCCUCUAUCAGCCAAUCAAGGAUAGUGGUGCAGCAUUAAGCAGCAGUGCUAUAAGAAAGAUCUUUACUCAGAGUAUUACAGAUGUUCUAUCUGCAAAAGGUUCAACCAGCUUGUCCAAUAAUAAUGAAACUAAUUUGGGUGAAGAACUCCCAGUAAGGGGCAAACGGAAAAAAAAUAGAAAAAGAGCCAGUGAGGAAGGUGAAGAAGAAGAAGACAUAAGACCCAGUGUUGGUGUUACAGAAGAAGAGUUUUUGCAGAUGAUAGAUUUACGGCCACCAAAUCCUGGUAUUUUAGCAAGAUCAUUAGUAAAAAAGUGUAAUGUAUGCCAAUUUCGUGCUCCUUCCAUGUUAGCACUUUUUUCUCACAUGCAAGGACAUAUGGGUACAUUAAAGGAAAAGUGUGGUGAUUGCCAAGUUCAGCUGUCCAGCAAAGAAGCUCUUGAAAUUCAUAGAAAACAGAUUCAUUCUCAGCGUUCACCUCUGUGCACUGUGUGUCAAUUUGAUUUUACCACAAAAGAUCAGCUUUUUGAUCAUAUGAAUAAACAUCGUAAUCAUCUUCCAUUUGAAUGUCCAUUUUGCGAUCAUAAACUGACGAAUAUGGAUGCGUACAAAAAGCAUGUGAGAAUAACACACAAAGUAAAAUCUGUUAGAGACUUAAAAUAUUCUUGCAAGACAUGCAAUAUUCACUUUUACACACUGGAUCAUCUACUUUUACACCGUGUUAACCAGAAUCAUGAAGAUAUAGACUUCUUUAAUUGUAAGGCCUGUGGCUCCGUUCUUGUUACAGCCAACGAAUUUCGUAGUCAUAUUUUAGAGCAUACAGAAGAAGAAAGAGAGGCAGCAAAUAUAGCAAUAUGUUCACAGUGUUUCAAAGUUUUCUUUUCAACUUUUAAACUCAAAUAUCAUAUAGAAACAAAGCAUAAUCAAGGAAAGCAGGAACCAGAGCCAGUUAAAAUUGAACCAGAUACUAGUGAACCACCACCACCACCAAAGAAGAAGAAGAAAAAGGGACCAUAUCUACGGUAUUUGCGGGCCAAUGAAAAAUAUGAAUGUUAUAAAUGCAAACGAAAAUUCAAAACACACGAAACGCUGGAAAAUCACAUAAAAUUUUCUCAUGGUGAAAAAAAAGUGACAAAAGCAAACUGGGAGUGUACUCAUUGUGGUCGCAAAUUCAAUGCUUUCAAACGAUUGGCCACUCAUUUAAAAAUUCACUCAGGCAACAGGCCUGUUUUUCAGUGUGAGGAGUGUGGCCAGAUUUAUAGCAAGAAGAUUCAAGUGCUAGAGCACAUUCGCACUGACCAUGCUGAGCAGGUGCAGCGACAUCAACAACAACAAGAGUUGCUUCAGUCUAGUCAGUCUGCAGAGCGUUUUGUAGAUAUUCAAGAACAACCUCAUCACUCAGUUAUUGAGGGAACGGCUUCAGCCUCUUGGAGCCCUAUCAAGAGUCCUUUCAAAGUUCCCACAGUUGAACAGACUCAAGAGGCAGUGUAUAGUCUCCUACAGCUGACGGAUUUUUAAUGGCAAGAUUCUCUAAGAACAAUAAAAUGUAAGAAUAAACCAAGAUGAAUUAAAUGAUUUUACAUAAGAAUAAAAAUACGUAAUUAAAAGGUUUAGGUAAAAAAAUUGUGUUGCUGGCAAAGUUCUUAUUGCACCAAUAGCAGUAUUAAAAAUCAACAAGUGGUGCUGAGGUUCCUUUUUUGAUAAACAUUUGUUGUUCUAAAAAGUCAUCAUCAGAAGUUAAAAACAAAAAUUAAGAUAGGAAUAAUGUUAAGAUGAAAAGUGGUAUUCUUUAUCUAAUUUUGAAGGUUAGAUUUAGAAUACCAUGUUGCAGUUCUUAUGAAUAUGAAGCAAGGUUUCUAAGACCAAGAGAGGUAAAAUGUAAGAACAAUAAAGAUUCUUGAUCUCUGUACAGUAAUAUCAUAGGACAAUAGAAUUUAGAAAGUACUGUACAGUACAUGUUGAAAUAUAAGAAAAUUGUUAUAUGGAAGAUAAAUUAUAGAUCCAUGUAUAAAAUUAAUCAUUACCAGAGAAUUGGUGUACCUUAUUCCACUAGAGGUACAAUAUUUCCAAUGAAGAUUAGUAAAAGGCAGAAAAAUUAAUAAUUUUUUGUGAGUUAUGUAUAACUGUUUAUACAUGUAUAGCUGUUUAAAGUGACAUUUAAACUGUCGUAUUUGCAUGCCUCUGCAAAGACAGCGAUAGUGUGAAUGAUGGUGAAAAAUUUUCUUUUUUUUUGGGGGGGGGGAAGGAGGGUCACCCUGCUUCAGUGGGAGACGGCCAUCAUGUUAAAAGUAUAUAUAUAUAUAACUCAUGAAACAGAUAAGGACUGUGCCUGAAAGUGAAAGCGAAAAUAGAGCCAGAAGCAGGUUUAAAAAGAAAGUGAAUUAAUAGUGCUUGGUGUUCAAGUAUUCAGUUAAAAAUUGUUUAUGAUGUUAUACUGUUAAGAAAUUGAGAAUAUAUUGAAUGAAUUUAAUAAUUUCUAUUUUUUUUUUUUUUUACCAUUUUAUAUGUGAAAUGUGCAGUGAGAAAAGACUUGUUCAGCAUAUCCAUUAUGAGAAGUUAAAAUGUCAAGUAGAAUCAAGAGGAACAUAUUAUUAGUAGUGGAGUGGUUUUAAUCAGUUUCAUUUCACUAUUAAUGUAAAUUUAUCCCUAUUCCAAAAUAGGUAAACAUAAUGUAGCUCUUCUUUUCAAUUUUUUUUUUUUUUUUUUUUUUUUUUUACUUAUACUAUAUACUAUAUAUGGCAAAAAGAACUGCAGGUCCCAAGCAAAUUUGAGGGAUGACCCAAAUGUUUGCUGGAAAUAGUGACCAUGAUGUUGAUGAGCAUAUUUUUGUUUAUACUGUAGCACAAUACAAUACAGUACAUAAUUUUAACAUUGCCAUAUGCAUAUGCUAAAAUUUAUUUUCUGAAAUUUUAUGCUGAUACUGAGUCUAAGGAGGCUAUGAGUGAAUGCAAAGGGCUUAGAAAGCCACAGAGGCAGGAAGUGAAUAAAGUGCUUUGCCCAUGGUAUCAACCAAUAAAGGCUGAGGACUCCACCUUGAUAGGUAUAUUGUACAAUAUUACUGUAGAAUUAGCUUCCUGAAAAAUACAUUUAACAAUAAAUUUGGGCAGCACAGUCAUCUGCAUGAGAGAGGGAAUGAGAAAGGGAGAGGGAGAGGGAGGGAGGGAGGAUGGAUAGGAGGGGAAGAGGAAGGGUAGUUGAUUAAUGGCAAAGUGAUGUGAGGAGUGAGCUCUACAUCUCUCACUCAAUCACCUUGCCCCUAUCUUUUGCAAAAUGAAUGAGCUUAACAUGCAUUGAGGCACCCUUGAAACUACUGACUUGAAAAAAUUUCCUGUAAAAUUAGUUUAUUAUUGGAUUUGGGGAAAAGGGCAUGCUGCCUAUAUAUGAUCCAUAUUAUUUCGUAGGAUUUGGGUUAAAGGACAUGCUGCCUAUAUGAUCAAUAUUAUUUCAAUUCUCUACAAUUAGUAAAUAGUAAAGGGAUAUUUUUGAUAAGAAGCUCUUUAAGGGAGGUAGAUGCUUGAAUGCUGGUGAAGAGCUCUUGAUCAAAUAAAUUGGAUCUAAACAUGGAUCAGAGCUGAUUAUCUCCCUUUCCUCAGGUGCUAUGAUGACCCUAUAUGUUCAGUACUUCCCCAUGAUAAUAAUUUUGGUAAGAAAGCAAGAGAAUAACAGUACUGUACAAUGUAAAAGCAGCUACACAAGAGUUUGUGAUGCUACCCAACUUUAUACCAACCUCACAGUACUGAAGAACAUUCAUUUCCACUUCACUUUGUCCUGUAGUACAUUCUAGUUCUUAUCUGUUUAAUUAGCAUGUAUACAUUAUUUCAACAACUUUUAUAACUACAGGUAUUUAUUGUAAGUGAAUGGGAACAGUACUAAUAGAAAAUAUUGGGUAGAUAUUUUUAGUGGUGGUGCAUUGAGGCAUCUGUGGAGACAAAGAAUUUUAUCUAUAGAUGCAAAAAGGAGAAUGCACUAGAGUUUAGUGGUACCAACACUUUUGUAUGGGUGUAAAGCAUGGGUUUUGAAUGAGGAGGUUGGAGAAAGUAGAGAUGUUGUGUUUGAGGGUAAUGUAUGGUGUGAAUAUCAUGCAGAGAAUUCUGAGUUUUGAGAUGAGGAGGUGUGGAGUCACCAAAAGUAUUCAGAAGGCUGAGGAGAGAUUUUGAGGUGGUUUGGAUAUUUAGAGAGGGUGAAAAAAAUUAGGAUGACUAAGAGGGCAUAUAAAUCUGGGGUGGAGAGAAGGAUAAGAUAAGAUUUGUUCAGAUUUUUAACUCAGAGAGUUAGCCACCCAGGAUAACCCAAUAAAGUUAGUGUAUCAUCAGGGGCUAUUUGUCUUAUUUCCACUGGAGUCCAUUAAUCUUCUUCCCCAGGAUGGGACCCAAAACAAUUGACUAACACCAGGUACCUACUUACUGCUAGGUGAACAGGGACAGCAGUAGUAAGGAAACAUGCCCAUUUCCACCCAUGCCGAGGAUUGACCCACAGACACUCAGUGAGGUGAAUGCACUGUCAUCUGAGCUAUGGGACACUAUAGGUAGGGAUUGUCCUAGGAAAAGUUGGAGGGAGGGGGUAAAGGAGAUUUUGAGUGUUAAGGGCUUGGACAUCCAAUCUUGUGUGAGCAUGUUUAGAUAGGAGUUAGUGGACGCAAGUGAUUUUAAUGAUUUGAUGUACUGUUGGAGUGUGAGCAAGGUAACAUUUAUGAGGGAAUUUAGGAAAACUGGUUAGCCAGACGUGAGUCCUGGAGGUGCAAAGUAUAGUGCACUCUGAAGGCAGGGUGGGGAUGUUGUGGUUUGGAGGGUCAUCUAAACUGUAAUGUUUGUACCCCUCUGGCAAGGCAUUCAUUGGUAAUGGAAGUUUUUUCUUUAUUGGGUCAACCUACCUUAGUGGGAAAUAGUCGGAGCAUUCAAAAAAAAGAAUGUACUUAGUUAAAAAAGUGUAAGUAGAAGCGGACUAUUAUGACUCGAGAAUGCAUCUCAGAUUACAAAAUGGGUGUUUGAGGGAAAAAAAAGUUCUGAGUUAUGAACAAGUGAGUUAUAAACAAUUUUCAGGGACACACAACCAUCAUAAGUGGUGAACUUAAUGUUUAUCUUUAUUCUAAUUUUGGCCAAAAUAUAAGUGUGCCUCAUAAUUUUCCUGUAAAGUAGUAGAGUGACAGUGUAUUAUUUCUCUGACAUAUAAGGCAUUGAGGAUCAUGAAAAGCUCGAGGAUAUUUUAUUCAUUUAAAUUUAUUAGAAGGUAAUAAUUCCAGAAAUAUAAUCUGGAUGAUGCAAAGUUAAAUAACAUACCUGUUAACUGUUAUAUAGGAAGAAUAAUGUUAAAUUGUAUUGAAGUACAGAACAGUAUUGAUGUUAGCAGUGAUAAAUGAAGGACAAUAAUUAUCUUUAUUAUUAUUAUUAUUAUUAUUAUUAUUAUUAUUAUUAUGAUUACAGUAAUUUUGUUAAUAUAAUUUUUAUUAUUGGUAUUAAAAAUUAUAUGGAGAAAAUUGGUUUGUAUCUGAAUGCUUUAAAAAAGAAAACCUUAUUUGCGUAUAAAGCCAUAGCGGAGGAAAUUCAUCUACUUCGUAGAAAUAACAAAGUACAGUGCUGUAAUAGUGAUGAAGAUAAUAAUUUUUGAGAAAGAUAUUUAUUAAAUAACAAAACAAGGGGUAUCUUGCUAGUACAUAGUAACAUAUGUACAUACAGGGUUUUAAAGUUUACAUCAAUAUUGAUUAUGACUCAGUUUCAUUUGCUUCAAUAAAAUCUCAUUCCGUUAAUUUAAAAAACACUAAUUUUUGCGGUUAGUGAGUCUUCUGUUCUUUGAGCUGAUCAUUUUCUCUCUUUCAAGAGAGAGCUGACCUGAUGCUGGGGAAGCACUCUUAAUCUGAGGAAUUGGAGCUGCCCUCUUAUUCCUUGGAUCAAGCUUAACUGCUUCCUAGUUUCCAGGUGCUAUAGAAUUUUACAUUUUGCCAUCUUAGAUAACACCUUCAGGGGGCAGACUUGCUUCAUAACUUUUUAACUAAAAUUGACAUUAUGCGAACUCUGACUUCACCCUUUAGUACAUGAGCUCGCCCUCCGCACUUCUUUUCUCUGACAUUCGCCUAUGUAAUUGACAUACGUAUCUCAUGAAGAAGCGCUCAGCACAGCUCUGAGAGACUUACAAAGUUCCAUUGUCAUUUCACUAUCAUACUAAUGCUGUCCUGUCUCUCAGCAGGCUUGCAGAAUUUAACUUUGCUAUCAUCACCACCCUAAUGCACUUAGUUUAUCUGACCUUGCUAACAUCCCCACCUUUAACACAGACUCCCUCUUUAACUUUUUGUCAGCAACUACUUUAUUAUACCAACUUUGAUUAUUUUCCUUUUAGUACUCCCUACUACCCUUUCUGACUCGACCUCUUUCAUAAAGAUAAGAUAAAGAUUUAUUUCUUGGUAAAGGUUACAAUGUGUAAUUACAAUUUUGGUUUGCUAAGUACAAAGAAAGCCACUAUCAUGCUGGGGCAUACUCUGAACUUUGCAUAUUAUAUUUUUAGCACAUCCAACCAUGCAGUGCUGUAUGACUCAUAUGGGUUUAACACUUAUGAUUGGGUUUAGCACAUUUGAUUGUGAUAAUAAUAAUUUUCUCUGACAUUCCACACCUUGCUGUAUGAUGCAAGUUUAAUAAUUUUUGUGAAUAUACUAGUAUACUUUAAUAGUAACAAUUAGAUAUAUUUCAUGGUCUUCCUUGAAUGUGCCAACCUCAAGAUUGAACAAAUCUUCCAGAGAGUUUGUGAUAAUGUUCAGCAUAUGACAUGUUAAUGAAAGAGACCCUUCAUGGAGUAAUAAUGCCUUGAUGCUAGUGAAAGCCUAUUGAUCCAAAGAACUGAACCUGUACAGUGGACCCCCGGUUAACGAUAUUUUUUCACUCCAGAAGUAUGUUCAGGUGCCAGUACUAACCGAAUUUGUUCCCAUAAGGAAUAUUGUGAAGUAGAUUAGUCCAUUUCAGACCCCCAAACAUACACGUACAAAUGCACUUACGUAAAUACACUUACAUAAUUGGUCGCAUUCGGAGGUGAUCGUUAUGCGGGGGUCCAUGUACUCCCCUUGGUUAAAGGCUUGAGUGUCUUCCAUUCCCCAAGUACUGUAUGACUCUUAUGGGUUUUGUACUUUAUAGGUAGGUCCCUCUUAUACACCAGGUUAGGUUCCAGGCUAUUGAUGUAAAUUGAAAAUAGGCAUAAAGUGAAACAUAGCCUUUUUUCACUUUCAAAUGCCCAAUAACACGUUUACACUAUCAUAUACGUAUUAAGCGAGCAAUAAAGCUAGGCCUAAAAAAUGCAUAUACACAGUAUACACAUUGCUUACCUUUAAAAACUUUUAUCCUUAGCUUAUAGUGAGUGGUGAAUACAUUUAUUGUAGGAAGUCUGAAUAAAUAAAGAAUAGGUAUAACAAAACCACUGUAUUAGUGAAAUGCUGUACAGUGAUGUGCUGCAAAGCAGUGUUCACCUGUGUAGUAUACUAAUCCAGCUGGAUAAGUCUUACAUACCGCAGUUGUGUGAUGACAAACCAUCGUACCUUAAUGUUUGCAUAAGGGACACUGUGGUUAGUACAUUCAUUCUCAUUAUAAAAGAGUCACCUGUUAGGAAUUAUGUAUUAUGAAUGUUGUUUGAACUGACAAGUCAUACAUGUAUAUCAUAUGCAGUAAUUUUAUGAUUUACCAAUAAAAA